UGUGGGUAACUGUGGGUAACUGUGGGCUAGAGUAAUAAUAAUCUGCCUCCGCCGGUCUCUGCGCCCUGCGGUGUGGUCACGGAGGAUCUGUGUGACAUGGCGGAGCUGCACAUCAUCGGGCAGAUCGUCGGGGCCAGCGGCUUCCCCAACAGCAGCCUCUUCUGCAAGUGGGGAGUCCACGCAGGAGGUGCGUGGCGACUGCUGUCGGGUGUGAAGGAAGGCCAGACUCAGGUGGAUCUCCCUCAGGUCGGAGACAUGGCGUACUGGAGCCAUCCGAUAGACCUUCACUACGCGACCAAAGGACUUCAGGGCUGGCCCAAGCUCCACCUGCAAGUGUGGCACCAGGACUGCUACGGCCGCUGUCAGCUGUACGGAUACGGGUACUGUCACGUCCCGUCCAGCCCGGGACACCACCGCGUCCGCUGCGUCACCUGGAGGCCGCUGGGCUCCUGGCAGGAGCAGCUGGAGCAGAUGUUUGUGGGCGGCGGCCCCCAGCUGCGGCAGCCCGACCUGAUCUACAGCGGGGCGGACAGGUACAGGCUGCACACCGAGGCCAUGGGCAGCGUGGAGCUGGAGCUGGGCGUCAUCAUGAGGUACUUCGACAGAUACGGUGUGGAGUGUUAGAAACCGCCACGCCGACCACGCCGUCCUGCACUGUGGACGGACAGGCGGAGGAGCGACUCGCGCACAUUCCGCUCUGGUACCGGGCUUUGAACAGGUGUUGUUCCGUGUCACGAUAGUCCUGUGUAAAUAAAGAUGGUAUGGAGACUCCUGAGGUUCGUCUCUUGGUUGUGUCACGGCAGAAGGACACGGGGAACACCGUGAACUAGCCAAACACCUCCUCCUU